AUGAUGAUUGUCAUUAUACCAUAUUCCCUUUCCUGAGAAUGGUACAGUACAGCACAGUACAGUAGUAUAUGUUUAAUAGCCUAGACCUAGAGCUAAAAAAGUCUGCUACAAAGUAUGCUGUCUUUACAAAUUCAGGUUGACCUUUAAAUAAUUCUGUUUAAAACAACACACUUUCUCCUCACAUUAACAUAUUAGGCAUAUCAUGGGCUUGUUAUGAAUCACUAUGGUCAAAUAAAGCCUAGAAAUCUCAAAUUAAAAAUAAUAAACAAAUCAAAUGAAUGGAACAAUAUUUAAAUAUAAGAAACAUUUAAAAGGACCAUAAUAAAUAUUACAAUAAAGAAGAUUAAAGAUUAACAUUAACAUAUUUAUAUGUAUGUUAAUAUGUAAACUAAAUUCAUAUGAAUAAAAAGUUAAGAUGUUUCAUGUUUAGUAAUGUGAUUCUUUUUUUCUGAUGUGAUGAAAUCAAGUUUUCCGUAUAUCACUCCUUCCCUUCCCCAAGUCACAUGUAAUAUAACUUGAAUAGCUUCCACUGCUCUAAACAGAUGGGAAUGUGCAGUUACUAAAGAUAGUAAAAUAUGCAGGCCAGCACUAUUAUUAGGCAUGAAAAACUUUUUCCAAUCUCACUCUUAGUGCUGUCAUAGGAUCACAGUCACAUAACAAUAGAAAGCUAUGUUUUACAAUUUGAUUUGCCUGUUUGUUGAAAUCUUUCCCCAAUUCAUGGAUACAGUGCAGUAUCAUGAAGCUGCAAGUACAUUGUCCUUUUUGAGAACAGUUUCCUUUUAUUUUAAAAAAUAUAUAAAUUCAUUGUGAAAUGUAGUAGACACUCUUUGUUAUUAUGGGUGAAAUAAACAUGUACAUGGAAAAUAUAUAACUGAUCAUAUGAUAUCUCUAACUGUAACUUUAUGUACUGCAGAGUUCAUUCUGGAGGGGAAGCACCCAAAUGAGACCAGGGGGGGCAGUGGAGAUGGUGAAGAGAUCAGCUCAUUUACUCCUCUGCCUAUGAAACACAUGGAUAGGCCUGGUCCAUGGCAAAGUGAGAGCUUGCUGGCCUCCUCCUGGUCGACAAUAGAGGAUGCAGACACUCAGAGUCUGGGCAGCAGUGACAGUGGCACAGCUGCAGAUGAGGAGGAAGAGGGGCCAGAGAUAGAGCACAGGGGAGAAGAGCCAGUGAUCAGUGGACUGAGCCAGUUCAGUGUGGAGAUGGAGGAAGACAUCCAGGCUCCACAAACUCAGGAGCUUUUAGUUUCAGCAGAGGAGCCACACAUUGAAACAGAGUCUGCAGAGUUCAUGCAUGUUGUUCCCCCAAUGGCAUUGCCUCCUUUGCCUAUUCUGCAGUUGGACCCUCCAUCCAACAGCUCAACCCCUGUCCACUGCACCUCAGCUGGGGACCCUGAGGAGCUCCUCUCCACACCAUUGGGUCUUCAUCCUCCCUCCAUCCUCACACCAAUGAGUCAUCCCACAGUGAAAACUGCAGUUGACGAUCCAGAGUUGUCACAGAAACAUUCAAUCGUGAUCUCCAGCGAGUGGCAAGAUACCUAGAUGUGUAUCUGAUCUAUGUUUUCAAAAAAGAGAAGUGUAUAUGUAAAAG